AUAAAAAAAAAAAAUACUCAUAAUACAUCUUAAUUACUACGAGUAGUAUUUUUUUGUAUAAUAAUGGAAAUGAACAAUCUAAGCAGGGUGGAAUCUCAUGUAGCUCAAAAAAACCGGCGACAUAAGUUAAGAUUUCAACAAACCUCCGGCGGUGAUCACUUUAACCACCACCAACAACCACCACCACCACCCUUUUCAUAUAACCCUAAUGUCUUCCCUUCAGAAAUGAUGAUUUCCGUCGCUAGAAAUCCACAUCUUUUAUUACCUCCGGCUUUUGCUACUGCUUCUCAUGAUCAUCAUCAAGAUCCUUGUAUGAGUUCAGGUUCGGGUUCGGGUGUUGGUUGUUCCCAACCCGAAAGAAUGGUAACAAGUAGUAGUAGUUCUAAUAAUAAUAAUUAUGCUAUUUUUCCAUACCAACAACAACAACAAGAUAAUUGGAAAACAGUUUUAAAUAAUAAUAAUAAUAAUAAUAAUAAUAAUAAUAAUAAUGAUUAUUGGAAUAAUGUUGUUAGUAAUUCCAACGUUGUUAAUUCCAUGAAUUCCACCUAUGGUUUCUAUCAAGAUAAUAAUAUUUUACCAUUUUAUAACCAUAAUCAACAAGUGACACUUGCACAAUAUCCUCAAACAACCAAGAUUAAUAAUAAUGAUUAUAAUAAUAAUAAUAAUAAUAAUGAUCAUGUUUAUAAAGACCAAACCACAAGUGCUACUCAAGGAUUGUCAUUAUCACUUUCAUCAGUUGUGCAACUUAAAGAAGAUGAUGAUCAUCAACCUGCAGCCAUGUUACAACCGGGUCAAAAGUCAACAAAGUCGGCUCAUCUACCGAACCCGGAUCCGAGGUCCAUGAUGGGUGUUACAGGUUUGGGUCAUAGUAGUAUUGGGCCAUUGGGUCCAUUUACUGGGUAUGCAACGGUGUUAAAGAAUUCAAAGUAUAUGAAGCCAGCAGCACAAGUGUUGAAUAAAAGCUGUGAUGUAGGGUUUCAAGAGUUGGUUCAAACAUGUCUUGGUGUUUACCCUCAGAAGCUCCUUGAAGAAGAAAUGAGUUGGGCUUCAGAUUAUUGUUCGCCGGUUGCUAAUGGCGGCUUGGAUGAAUUUCAUGUUAAUUUUAAUGGCCGAAGUAGCUCCGGCAGGCCCGAAUUUCAUCGCAAGAAGGCCAAGUUGUUGUAUAUGCAAGACGAGAUAUGCCGAAGGUACAAGCAGUAUUUGCAACAAAUGCAAAUGGUGAUUUCAUCAUUUGAGACUGUAGCAGGACUUAGUGAAGCCACUCCUUAUGUUUGUUUGGCCCUCAAGGCGGUUUCCGGACAUUUUCACUAUGUAAAGGAUGUUAUUUCCGAGCAAUUGUUGCAAAUGAAGAAAAUGGUAGAAGACGGCUUGUGCUCUUCCACCAACCCGAGUGGCAAAGCUUUUGAUGCUAACGUAACAAGUUCUUCGAAGCUAAAAUCAGUUGAUCAACAAAUUGUAAAAUAUAGUGGUGGUGGUGCUGCUGGAUUCUUUACAGCACCACAACCUGUCUGGAGGCCACAAAGAGGCCUACCAGAACGAGCAAUCUCCGUUCUCAAAACAUGGCUUUUCGACCAUUUUCUUCAUCCGUACCCUUCAGAUACCGACAAGCAUAUGUUGGCUACUCAAACUGGCUUAACCAGAAAUCAGGUAUCAAACUGGUUUAUAAAUGCAAGAGUUCGUAUUUGGAAACCAAUGGUUGAAGAGAUCCACACCCUUGAAACCCAAGGUUCGGCUAACCCAAACUUAGAUAACCCUCAACUGGACAACCAAGAGCCUAGCCGGAUGGAUAUUAGCUCGUCGUUGCCGAACACACAACCAGCUGCAGAAUGUUCUAGGAACCCUGGCGUGAACUCAACAGUACAAGAACAACACAACCAAUUACGUGAUCAUGACAAACAAGCUAGCAGUAAUAGGCCUGCAGAUCAGUACCAGAUUCCUAUAUCUAGCAUGGACCGGCUGAUGAGCAUCAUGCCCUACCCUCGAGCCACGUUUGAUGCAACUGGGUUGGGUCCGGUUUCACUCACUUUGGGUCUCAGACAAAAUGCCGAACAUGUUCAACAGCUGCAACAACAUUUCGGAGGUCAUCAGUUGAUUCAUGAUUUUGUUGGUUAGGUUUUUAUUAGUUCAGACGCGACAAUGGAGUUUAGCUAUCGCAAUAAGUAUAACUUGGGGUAGAAGACGGUAAAGGAUACGGUUGGGAAAUCACAAGAUUUUUGUUUGCUAUUCGUAGAAGAACUAUUCAAAUUAAUGGAGGUCUCUUUGUGCUUUGUACUUUCUACUAAAGAUGAACAUCUUUUGAAAAACCCUAAUCUUUGAUUUCCAUCUUUAAGCAAUAUUUUCAGUUAUAGUAGUAUAGCAAUAUUGGUGCAUCAAGUAUCAUGAAAAUGUUCACUCUAGUUUCUUUUAAU